GGCUCCCUGUCCCAUAUCUCUUCCCCAAAACUCAACUCAUUUCACUUAUUUCAGAUGAGUUCAACCGAGUAAUCAUUCCAGUGAAGAGAGGUGAAGAGAACACAGACUAUGUCAACGCUUCCUUCAUUGACGGUUACCGCCAGAAGGACUCCUACAUCGCCAGCCAAGGGCCGCUGCAGCACACGAUAGAGGACUUCUGGAGGAUGAUCUGGGAGUGGAAGUCCUGCUCCAUAGUGAUGCUGACGGAGCUGGAGGAGAGGGGCCAGGAGAAGUGUGCCCAGUACUGGCCGUCUGACGGCUCCGUGUCCUACGGAGACAUCACCGUGGAGCUGAAAAAAGAGGAGGAGUGUGAGAGCUACACGGUGCGGGAUCUGCUGGUGACCAACACCAGGGAAAACAAGAGCCGACAGAUUCGGCAGUUUCAUUUCCACGGCUGGCCAGAAGUUGGGAUCCCCGGGGAUGGGAAGGGAAUGAUCAACAUCAUCGCGGCCGUGCAGAAGCAGCAGCAGCAGUCUGGCAACCACCCAAUCACUGUGCACUGCAGUGCCGGAGCAGGAAGAACAGGCACCUUCUGCGCGCUGAGCACUGUCCUGGAAAGGGUGAAAGCAGAAGGGAUCCUCGACGUCUUUCAGACGGUGAAGAGUUUAAGGCUACAGAGGCCGCACAUGGUGCAGACACUGGAACAGUACGAAUUCUGCUACAAGGUGGUGCAGGAAUACAUCGACGCCUUCUCAGACUACGCCAACUUCAAGUGAAGAAGAAAGGAGUCAAAAAAAAAAAA